AUGUACAAGUUGGUGGUGUUGUCCGCUCUCGUAGCCGUCAUCAUGGCCAAACCCAGUGGAGUCGCAUACUCCGGCCUGGCUUACUCUGCUCCUGCUGUUCUUUCAGCUGCGGUAGUGCCAUCUGCCGUCAGCUCUUCCUACAGAACCGACAUCCACAGCAGCCCCUUGGUUGCCACUUAUGCCGCCCCUGCCAUAGUCGCUGCUCCCGUCGUCCAAAAAACUAUCCUCGCCGCUCCCGUAGCUGUACCAGCUGCCGUCAGCUCUACCUACAGGAAGGAUAUAAUAACUCCAUCAAUCACCGCUUACGCUGCCGCUCCAGUGUUGGCUGCUCCAGUGGUCCACAAAACCGUUGUAGCCGCCCCUGUUGCCAUUCCCGCCGCUGUCAGCAGUUCCUACAGGAGCGACGUCAUCGAGAGCAAACCUGUAGUCAGCGCUAUCAGUUACGGUGCCUAUGCUCCAGCUGUCAAGGCCUGCUGGAGCAUAGACACCGUAGCUGAUAGCGCUGACCACAGGUUUGCUCUCGAUGACGUCGCUCCUGUAGGAACUGCUGACAGCGGCGGGAAUGGCAACAGGGGCGGCUACAACGGCUUUUUGCACCACUGGAGCGGUCAACACUGGUGUGGCAGCACCUCCUUAAAAAUGUACAAGUUGGUGGUGUUGUCCGCUCUCGUAGCCGUCGUCGUGGCCAAACCCAGUGGAGUAGCGUACUCCGGCCUGGCUUACUCUGCUCCUGCUGUGCUUUCAGCUGCGGUAGUGCCAUCUGCCGUCAGCUCCUCCUACAGGACCGACAUCCACAGCAGCCCCUUGGUUGCCACUUAUGCCGCCCCUGCUGUAGUCGCUGCUCCCGUCGUCCAAAAAACCAUCGUCGCCGCUCCCGUAGCUGUACCAGCUGCCGUCAGCUCUACCUACAGGAAGGAUAUCAUCACUCCAUCAAUCACCGCUUACGCUGCCGCUCCAGUGUUGGCUCCAGUGGUGCAAAAAGCCGUUGUAGCCGCCCCUGUUGCCAUUCCCGCCGCUGUCAGCAGUUCCUACAGGAGCGACGUCAUCGAGAGCAAACCUGUGGUCAGCGCUAUCAGCUACGGUGCCUAUGCUCCAGCUAUCAAGGCCUGUACGACUACUGAACGUUACACCGUAGAAUUUUGUAAUAACUUACACUUAUCGAACCAGAUUGCAUUCUUUCUUAUGGUAAUUGACUCGGGCGUGGACCAGGAAAUUCAAAAUAUCAGCAACUCGUUUCGAAGAGAAUCGUUAAACAAAUGGAGCAACACACACAAAAUAUCCAGCCCAAGGUCAAGGAUCCGUGACAAUUUCGUUAAUGGAUCUCAUUCGCAUGCUAAAGUCGUCGUCGAAAAGCAAAAAGUCAGUCUCAGACUCGCAACACAGACCUCUUCCAAGAUGUACAAGUUGGUGGUGUUGUCCGCUCUCGUAGCCGUCGCCGUGGCUAAGCCCAGUGGCGUAGCAUACUCCGCCCCCGCGGUGGUCGCCGCUUCAGUAGUGCCAACAGCGGUCAGUUCUUCCUACAGAACCGACGUCGUCAGCAGCCCAGUAGUCGCCACAUACUCAGCCCCUGCUGUCGUCGCCGCCCCCGUCGUCCAAAAAUCCGUGGUUGCUGCCGUACCAGCUGCCGUAAGCUCUUCCUACAGAACUGACAUCAUCAACCCGUCAAUCACCACCUACUCCGCAGCUGCCCCAGUAGUAGCCGCUCCCGUAGUGCAGAAGACCGUCGUAUCUGCCGCCCCUGUAGUACAGAAAUCUGUAGUAGCCGCUCCCGUAGCUGUCCCAGCUGCCGUCAGCAGUUCUUACAGAACUGACAUCGUCAGCCAACCCGUCGUGUCCGCUUACGCUGCACCAGCUCUGUCGUACGCUGCUCCUGCUGUGUCUUACGCUGCUCCCGCCGUGUCUUACGCUGCCCCCGCUGUGUCUUACGCUGCUCCUGCUGUCUCCUACGCAGCUCACGGUCUUGCUUACAACGCUCCUGCUGUUGCCUACGCCGCCAGCGCACCCAUCGUUAAAGCGUGGUAGAGAGGACUGACGAAUUGCUCUUUUAACUUCACUUAUUUAUUUGUAAAUAAAUGAAAUUAUGAAAAA